AUGGCUAUAUAUCAUGUUAUACUGAAUGGAGAAAGGGCUAUAUAUCAUGUUGUACUGAACGGGAAAAGGGCUAUAUAUCAUGUUGUACUGAAUAGGGAAAGGGCUAUAUAUCAUGUUGUACUGAAUGGAGAAAUUGUUAUAUAUCAUGUUGUACUGAAUGGGGAAAGGGCUAUAUAUCAUGUUGUACUGAAUGCAGAAAGGGCUAUAUAUCAUGUUGUACUGAAUAGGGAAAGGGCUAUAUAUCAUGUUAUACUGAAUGCAGAAAUGGCUAUAUAUCAUGUUGUACUGAAUGGAGAAAGGGCUAUAUAUCAUGUUGUACUGAAUGGGGAAAGGGCUAUAUAUCAUGUUAUACUGAAUGCAGAAAUGGCUAUAUAUCAUGUUGUACUGAACGGGAAAAGGGCUAUAUAUCAUGUUGUACUGAAUAGGGAAAGGGCUAUAUAUCAUGUUGUACUGAAAGCAGUAAUGGCUAUAUAUCAUGUUGUACUGAAUGGAGAAAGGGUUAUAUAUCAUCUUGUACUGAACGGGAAAAGGGCUAUAUAUCAUGUUAUACUGAAUGGAGAAAGAGCUAUAUAUCAUGUUGUACUGAAUGGGGAAAGGGCUAUAUAUCAUGUUGAACUGAAUGCAGAAAUUGCUAUAUAUCAUGUUGUACUGAAUGGGGAAAGGGCUAUAUAUCAUGUUAUACUGAAUGGAGAAAGAGCUAUAUAUCAUGUUGUACUGAAUGGGGAAAGGGCUAUAUAUCAUGUUGAACUGAAUGCAGAAAUUGCUAUAUAUCAUGUUGUACUGAAUGGGGAAAGGGCUAUAUAUCAUGUUAUACUGAAUGGAGAAAGAGCUAUAUAUCAUGUUGUACUGAAUGGUGAAAUGGAUAUAUAUCAUGUUGUACUGAAUGGGGAAAUAGCUAUAUAUCAUGUUGUACUGAAUGGGGAAAGGGCUAUAUAUCAUGUUGUACUGAAUGGUGAAAUGGAUAUAUAUCAUGUUGUACUGAAUGGGGAAAGGGCUAUAUAUCAUGUUAUACUGAAUGGGGAAAGGGCUAUAUAUCAUGUUAUACUGAAUGGAGAAAGAGCUAUAUAUCAUGUUGUACUGAAUGGUGAAAUGGAUAUAUAUCAUGUUGUACUGAAUGGGGAAAGGGCUAUAUAUCAUGUUGUACUGAAUGGGGAAAGGGCUAUAUAUCAUGUUAUACUGAAUGGAGAAAGAGCUAUAUAUCAUGUUGUACUGAAUGGUGAAAUGGAUAUAUAUCAUGUUAUACUGAAUGGUGAAAUGGAUAUAUAUCAUGUUGUACUGAAUGGUGAAAUGGAUAUAUAUCAUGUUAUACUGAAUGGUGAAAUGGAUAUAUAUCAUGUUGUACUGAAUGGGGAAAGGGCUAUAUAUCAUGUUGUACUGAAUGGGGAAAGGGCUAUAUAUCAUGUUAUACUGAAUGGAGAAAGAGCUAUAUAUCAUGUUGUACUGAAUGGUGAAAUGGAUAUAUAUCAUGUUAUACUGAAUGGUGAAAUGGAUAUAUAUCAUGUUGUACUGAAUGGUGAAAUGGAUAUAUAUCAUGUUAUACUGAAUGGUGAAAUGGAUAUAUAUCAUGUUAUACUGAAUGGUGAAAUGGAUAUAUAUCAUGUUAUACUGAAUGGUGAAAUGGAUAUAUAUCAUGUUGUACUGAAUGGUGAAAUGGAUAUAUAUCAUGUUAUACUGAAUGGUGAAAUGGAUAUAUAUCAUGUUGUACUGAAUGGUGAAAUGGAUAUAUAUCAUGUUGUACUGAAUGGUGAAAUGGAUAUAUAUCAUGUUGUACUGAAUG